GCAGGAGUAGCAGACAACCUAUGCAACAAAAGCUGCUGCAGAGCCGAGCGACUCUCCGACCGCUCAGCGGACACAGACACGGAGCCGGCGGCUGACACAACCCGGCGAGGUACGACUGCAGGGCUUAAGAUCGCAGCCUGGACCAAACGACGACGUCCCAGCGACAUUUAUGAAGCUUUCAAGGCCUUUUGAUUGAUCAGCCAAUCGAUGGGGAUUUUCAGAGGAGCUCCGCCCACCUUCGCCGCCCGCCCACCUCCUCCCCCCUCCCCCCGUGGCCUCUUCUACACCCCCACCCACUCCAUCAUCCAGCCCACCAUCCAGCCCUCUAAACACAAAAUGACUCUGGAACUCACCGAAUGGUCUUCUAUAUGGAUUUUUACAGCUUGUAAUAGACAGUAAAAAAAAAAGAGGGGAAGAAACCUCAAUGACAAAAAAGCCAUAAACAUACACACCUCACACACACACACACACACUCACACACACACCUCUCUCUCACACACACACACACACACACACACACAUACAACCAAACACACCUGACACACACUGAAAGAAGCAAAUGCACAAACCCGCUCUUGGAAUGUACCGCUCACUCUUCCUUUGAAAAUUCAGCUGCUUCCGUUAUUUUUCGGGAUUUUCUACAAGCCUUUGGAAAGCCGGUUUCAUUAUUUUUUUUCGACUCUGGGGGGGAAACAAAGGAGGAUUGAAACGUGUCGGAGCUGCAGUGUUUUUGGAGGACAACUUGUUCAGAGGACAACUGAUUGCUGAUUGUUUUUAUUCAUUUAUUUAGCGUCCGUAGCCUUUUUGAUUUUAGCAGGACCCAGUUUUAGAUACUUGGACACUAUCUGUUACACCUUAACUUGUGAUUAACUUAAUAGAUUAACUACUAUAUAGCCAGCACGUUACUACCACAGGUUGCAAUUUGAAGCCUGUAAAGAUUGUAUUUAAGUUACUUCUGGGAAGUCACUACUAGUUUUAAAGUAACUACAAGUACCUUGAUACGAGUAGUUAGGGAAGUAUAUAUACAUAUAUAGAUAUAUAUAUAUUUUGGUAGCUGCAGUUAAUUGUUCUCAGACUUGUCAGUGCGUUAGAAGGGGUGCGCUUGUUUUCUCAUCGCUUGCAUGCCAUCCACCAUGCCUCCCCAGAACACAGAGGCUGACGCUAUGCAGGUCGGUUCUGUGGUGGGCGGGGUUAGCGCCAAAAACUCCACGACAUCAGGCUUGGAUGAGGAGAAAGGAGGAGCAGGAGGUGAGACGGAUGGAUUGGGAAACGGAGGAGGAGGUCGAGGAGGGGAGGAGUCAGCGAGCGAGGGAUCGAUCGAAGGCAUCCCCCUGAAGAGAUGGGUGAUGCACGGGGCCGUGAUGUUCGGACGGGAGUUCUGUUAUGCCAUGGAGACGGCACUGGUGACGCCCGUACUGCUGCAGAUAGGUCUUCCAGAGCAGUACUACAGUCUGACGUGGUUCCUCAGUCCGGUCCUCGGCCUCAUGUUCACUCCUCUGAUUGGCUCGGCCAGCGACCGCUGCACUCUGCGAUGGGGCAGGAGGAGGCCGUUCAUCCUGGCUCUCUGUAUUGGAACACUGAUUGGAGUGGCUCUGUUUCUGAAUGGAUCGCUGAUAGGUCUGUCUAUGGGCGACGAGCAGGGGAGACAACCAAUAGGGAUCGUUCUUACCGUGCUGGGGGUGGUGGUGUUGGACUUUUGUGCGGAUGCAACAGAGGGACCAAUCAGAGCGUACCUGCUAGACGUUGCAGACACAGAGGAACAGGACAUGGCGCUUAACAUCCACGCCGCCUCAGCAGGUCUUGGUGGCGCGGUGGGCUACGCUCUCGGAGGUUUAGACUGGACACACACCUUCCUUGGAGCAGCCUUCAAGUCCCAGGAGCAGAUCCUGUUCUUCUUCGCUGCCAUCCUCUUCUCUGUCUCUGUGGUGUUACAUCUCUUCAGCAUUGAGGAGCAGCAGUACUCUGCUCAUGACAGGCUGGACCAGGAGAGCCCAGAUCGCACCAAUGCGCAACCAUCGGCCAACGGCAGGACUGGACUCCUCGCCCCCAAGCUGGAACUGAUCGGAGAGGAUGAAACGAUGGACACCUACGACCUCUAUGACCCCUAUGGAGACGACCAGUCGGAGCGUGGGGAUAUGGACAUGGACUUCCUCGAGGUGGAGCUUGUGAGAAGUAAAAGUGACAGCGUUCUCGCCAUGGCAGACGCCACCCUCGACCACCUGGACCACGAUGCUCUGUUCUUGUGCCACCUAGAGCCGUCCAUCUUCGCCGACCGCCUCUCACCCUACCACGGCUCGCCUCCCACGACCUCCUUCUUCAACCCCAAUCGCAGCACUCCGCCCCCACGCUUCGGCAACAUCAGACGCAGCAGCAGUACAGGAAGUCAGGACCUGCUCCGCCUCCAAGCCAACAACCACCAAACGCACGCUCCCAACCCCAGGAUCUCCCGCCUCUCAGCUUUCCUACAGGAAAUGGAGAAUGACGACGGUCAGGAGGCGCUGCUAAACAAUCAGCUCAAUGAGCAGCGGACGCUGAACGGGCGGCUGUUAGCCAGUGUAACUAAUGCUGACAGAAUUAACAGUAACAGGCUGAGCUCUAAGGGACAGGCACAUCGCGCUGGAAUGGUCAAAGCUGCCAGUACUGGAGCCCCCAUGCGGCAGCCGCGCCACCGUCACACCUUCUACCGCCAGCCGUCCUGCACCUUCUCCUACUACGGUCGAGUUGGGAGCCACCGCUACCGCUACCGCCGGGCCAACGCCGCCUUUCUCAUCAAGCCGUCUCGCAGCAUGAACGACCUGUACGAAGUGGAGGCCAGGCACAGAAGGAGGAGCAGACAGAGAAACAGGCACCGCAGCGGAAACACCAACUCCUCCAGCGGAGAUACAGAGAGCGAGGAAGGAGAGGUUGAGACCACCGUGCGACUGCUGUGGCUCUCCAUGCUGAAGAUGCCUCCGGAGCUGCUGCGCCUGUGCGCCUGUCACCUGCUCACCUGGUUCUCCAUUAUCGCUGAGGCCGUCUUCUUCACUGACUUCAUGGGACAAGUCAUCUACCAUGGAGAUCCUACCGCUCCUGCUAACUCUACUUCGCUGGAAAAUUAUCACAAAGGAGUUCAGAUGGGAUGUUGGGGACUGGUUAUAUAUGCCAUGACAGCUGCGACAUGCUCAGCCAUCCUUCAGAAGUACCUCGACAACUUUGACCUGAGCAUUAAGGUCAUCUACAUCCUGGGAACACUUGGAUUUUCCAUAGGAACGGCUGUCAUGGCAAUCUUCCCUAAUGUGUAUGUUGCCAUGGUGAUGAUUAGCAGCAUGGGUAUCAUCUCCAUGAGUAUCUCCUACUGUCCUUAUGCUCUCCUGGGACAGUAUCACGAAAUGAAAGAGUACAUCCAGCACAGUCCAGGUAACUCCCGGAGAGGCUUUGGCAUCGACUGUGCCAUCUUAUCCUGCCAGGUGUACAUCAGUCAGAUUCUGGUGGCCUCAGCUCUGGGUGCUGUAGUGGAAGCGGUUGGCAGUGUCCGUGUUAUUCCUAUGGUGGCCUCUGGGGGCUCCCUCCUCGGAUUCCUCACUGCCUUCUUCCUGGUUAUUUACCCGACUCCAAAUAACCGGGAGGGGGACUCAGCCAAAGCCUCAGAGAAACGGGCCUUGACAACGCUGGAAAAUCCCAACAGCAACGACGGGGCUGUUACCGUGGCAAUAGAGAAACCUAGCUUCCUGAAACUCAACAAGGAAGGCAAGGCCACCACCACCACCACUUCCUGUCACAUGGAGAAUGAGUCUGCUCUGUGAUUGGCCGGCUAAGUUGACAAACGCUUUGCUGCAGAAACAACAAAAUUCCACUUUCAAAAUUGGCACUGAUAGAAAGACUUGAGGAUGUGCUGCCAUCUUCUUCAUGCUGGAGUUUACAGACACAGAGAGGAGAGAGGAGUUUGGUCCACUCUUGGUGUCUGUUCUUGCUUUAACAGGCUUUUUUCUGAUUCGGUGCGUCUUGAUUUGCUGAAGAAAACCACUCAAUCUGUGGGACCAGUGUUAGACCAGACCAAUCUGCCCUACAGAAAAGCAUUCUGGUCCCAGCGCCGUUUCGGCCGCCGUCGAAAUUCCUUCCUCUUAGCCAUCAUGGACAUUUGAGUGAUCCGACAAGGUCGUCCAGAAGUGAGAAAUCCAUUGGUCACGGUUUUAAAGAGAGGUCGUCUCUGUCUCUCAGGGCCUCUAGGAGGUGCUACUGAGCAGCCGCCUGGACAGGAAACUUCAGGGGACUCACACACACACACACACACACACACACACACACACACACACACACACAUACGCACACACACCUCUUCAUCUGGGGACAAUCGAAUGAACACCUGAAUAAUGGACAUCGCUAAUGAACACUGGUCCUCGAAGCUGCAAUCAUUCAAAAAUGCUGAAAAUUGUUCUUCCUCACUGUGGAAUCGGCUCGUUCGAAUCUUUGCUCCGCAAUGCGGAAGCUGAUGGACGAGAGUGCGCACGUCUGUUUGUGUUCACCAAAAUAAACCCAACAACACACACUGCUUUGCGGGACUUUUACAGCACUCUGUGACAGUAGCUUUAAGACUCUAGAGACUUUUGGAAGUGGCAUUUCUGACAUUAGGAGCCUGAAGCCCGAUUCCUGAGGGAAAAUGAUUCAUCUUGAGUCCUCAAAUUGAUUGCAGGUGUUGUUUUGUUUAGUUUUAUCACCCUCCUCCACAUGGCAGGAGUGCUUUAGCCUUCAGCAAAGUUGACAAUAUUUGAGAGCUUGAGCAUAAAGCUGCCUGUAUAUUGAAAGUCAAACAUACAGAUGAGAGAAAUUCCAGGAAAGAGAGAAAGAGCAUAAAUGCAAUAUGCGCAGUAUACAGGGCAUUAAAAUCCCAAAAUGUUAUUUUCCUGGUUUUUUUUUUUUUUUUGGUUUUUUUUUUGAGGGCCCAGAAUGAUGCCUGUGUUUGUUUUGAAUAAUCAGACUAACCUACAUGCUGCAUGUUAGAGGAGGACCAGAGAAGAGAGAGAAACCAAACAGCAGAGGAGAAGAGAAGAAAGGUGUGGAGUUGUUAGCACAAUGUUUGUCACUAGCUGCACAUUAGCUGAGCCAUUGUUGAAAGAAUGUCAAAUAGCAUUCUGUUUGAGAAGUUGUUUGAAAUCCUCUUUAAGACUUUAGGGUGUUUGAGUUGUUUGUCUUAGGACUCCAGCGGGACGGAGCUUCCCGACACUGUUCAGCUCCAGUAGAUCCAGUAAUUGACGGUCUGGAAUAAGACAAAAAUGUCAGAAUGGAUCCUGGAUAUAUUAAGAGGAAAUUAUGGAAACCUCAUGUUUCCUGGGCCUACAUUAUGUAAGAGAAGAGAAAUAAAUCCUUGUAGUGUUGCUUAGCGUAGCAUAAAGGCUGGAAACGGGGGUAUGGUGAGUGGAAUUUGUUAUGUUUGGUUACGUUUGGUCAGGCUAGCUGUUUCCCCCUGUUACCAGUCUUUAUGCUAAGCUAAGAUAAGCACCAUUUGGCUGUAGCUUAAUGCUCAGGCAAAAUUUGAAAUGUUGCAAAAUUAUCUUCAUCAAAAAUUUUAAAAGAAAGCAGAGUAAGUACAAUCAAAUUGACUUUAUUCCCUGAAAAACUACAAAAUAUCAAGAAUAGUUUGCCAAAUUACAGAAAAGGUUUCACCCAUAAUAUAUGAUUUCAUUAGUGUCAUAAGACAUCCCAAACUCCAGUUUAACAAAACGGCUGCGUCUGCUGUUUUACGAGGGCGGGCGGCGGCGGCGCUGAGAUCGUUGAUGAGGAAGUAAAAGUGUUGAGUUUAGCUUUACUUUGACCCUGCUAACAUUCACACACAGUAACGAGACAAAUAACCUGCACAGAUACAAGCUGCAUGAAUUGAAACUCUCAUUAUAGGGAUUGAUACUGAGAGCUGGCCAACACUGUUAAAUCUUAAUCUUUGGAGUGUGUCAAUAGCAAAAAAAAAAUGUAGUUAGAUAGACAAAAUAGACAAAAUGAAAGAUUGAAUUUUAUUGUGUUGUUUGUUUUCUGACAAAUCAGAUGUUUCGUUGCAAUAGCGGCCUCUGAAUCAGCCGGGGGAGAGGGCUGUGUGAGGCUCCUGUGGGCAGAACAGGGUUGUUUGUGGUGGUGAAAUCCUUUUUUUCCCCCCCUGCGUCUGUCAGGCCGAACAGCUGUGGAUUUGGGUCAGUUUUCCUUUCAGCUCAAUCAGCUGAAACACGCAUAUUGAAAGGAAUUGAAAUGUAAAUUGCAGUGACUUCAUUUAGUAAUGAAAGAACGUUUUAUUUUAGUGCGUAUUAAAGCAUUUAGUGGAGAGGCUUAUUUUAAAUUUUAUGGGGGUUUUAGUCGAGAAUUCACUCACUGAUUUUCUGAUUUUUUUCACUUGGACGUGUGUUGGUGUUGGUUGGUUUGACCCUGUUUUUCACAAAAUAGAUUCCUUCCAUUAUUUCAGGUACAUUCAGUCAGUCCCAGAGCAGAGCAGAGAGACUAGAGACAGUAUUUUGCUUCCUGGGUUGACCCUGCUCUGGCUGUGGUGCUGGGACAAAAAAAAAAAAAAGCAGGGAUGGGACGAUGAGAAAAGACGAGGAGAGACAGAUGCCAGAUUUCUUGAGUGGCUUCUGUCAAAACUAGGGCAAUAAAAUAUCCUGGAUAAAAAAA